ACGCAAAGACCGCCAACAACCAAACGGAGCAUCACCAAGUAUUUUUAGGUAUUCUUGAAGAAGUCACUGCACAACUUCACAACUGAGCUGAGAUAGAUCUUCGAAGGAUGAGGCUAUUACCUGCCGUCUAACAAGCGUGCUGCACUGUGUGUGACAUCAAAUUUACGGUGCUGCAUGCAUAGGCAUUUUACAAGGUUCGUACACCCCCUCCAUCAUCACAUUGUGCGUCUCCUUCUUGGCGCUCUAAACCUGAUCAUCAGUGGAAGUGCUCCCGAGUGGUUGCAGCCCAACUGUAACAUCCUUCCACAAUUCAGAGUCUGCUCAGGCUGGCUGGCUGCUGCACAGGCACCAUGGAGCAGAAAUCACCCAAGGAUGAAAGCACCGCCAAAGGACAAGAGUCUCUGUCCUACCAACGGAGGAUGUGGAAGAAUUUCCAGGAGAAAACCAAGCCUUGGCUCAGUCCUAAACUGGGAUCGGAGCGUCGGAGUUCCGGGGGCGCAGAGGGCAGCAAAAAGGAAUCGGGGUUAUGGAUGUUUAAGAGGAAAAAGAAACAGUUGGACCGGGUGUUUUCGUCGUCUCAGCCGAAUCUGUGCUGCACUCCGCCGGCGUCUUUAGAAGGAGACUGUGAAGUCCCAGGAGGCGACGCGGUCCCCGGCACCAGCAGCGAGGGGCAGCAUCUACACCCCCUUGGCGCAGCUUCUGGAGCCACUGGGAGCAAACCCGAGUUGACGGCGCACGGAAGCCCUAAACUCCCCAUAUCCCAGCUGAUCACGUACCAGCAGAAAAGCUCCUCUCUCGGCUCGGCGUGCUUCGAGAAACUGGUGGUGGACCCGGCCGCGGUGGUGGGAGAGGAGGAUCAGCUGCGUAAAAACGCAAGCGAUUCUGGCAUCAACAUUGUGGGGCCCAGUAAUGCAGAGCCCCCGCCUCGACCUCCUAGUCCAGCCAUGUACCAGCUGGAUAUCGUCCUGAAGAAAGGGAACAACCUGGCCAUCCGAGAUCGGACAGGGACCAGUGACCCAUAUGUGAAGUUUAAGAUUGCAGGGAAGGAGGUGUUCAGGAGUAAGACCAUCCAUAAGAACCUCAACCCGGUGUGGGACGAGAGAGUAGGCCUUCUGGUGGAAACCCUGAAGGACCCGCUAUACGUCAAGGUUUUUGACUAUGACUUUGGACUUCAGGAUGAUUUCAUGGGCUCAGCAUACCUCCACCUGGAGUCACUGGAACACCAGAGGACACUGGACGUGACGCUGGACCUGAAGGACCCACAGUACCCCGAAAAUAACCUGGGCAGCCUGGACCUAGCUGUCACUCUGUCGCCGAAGGAAGGAGACAUGAGGGAAGCUACCAUGCUUUUGAGAAGGAACUGGAAAAGAUCUAGUAAGUAUCAGAGUAUGCGUCUGUCAGAUGUGCACAGAAAAUCCCAGCUGUGGCGAGGUAUAGUCAGCAUCAGUCUGAUAGAAGGUCGCAGCCUCCAGCCCAUGGAUGCCAACGGCCUCAGCGACCCUUACAUCAAAUUCAGGAUGGGGCACCAGAAGUACAAGACCAAGACAAUUUCCAAAACGCUGAACCCCCAGUGGAGAGAGCAGUUUGACUUCCACCUGUAUGAGGAACAGGGAGGCUACGUGGACAUUACGGUCUGGGACAAAGACGCUGGCAAGAAGGACGACUUCAUGGGACGGUGUACCAUCGACCUGACACAUCUCAGUAAAGAGCGCACAUACAAGCUGGACCUGCCGCUGGAGGAAGGGGAAGGUUUGCUGGUGCUGCUGGUUACACUCACCGCUUCCGCCGCCGUUUCCAUCUCAGACCUGUCAGUCAACAUGCUGGACGACCCGCAGGAGAGACACCAGAUCAUGCAGAGAUAUAGCCUGUGGAGGUCAUUCAACAACCUGAAAGAUGUCGGUGUGGUGCAGGUAAAGGUCAUCAGGGCUGAGGGACUGAUGGCAGCAGAUGUCACAGGUAAGAGUGACCCAUUCUGUGUGGUGGAGCUGAGUAACGAUCGGCUGCAGACGCACACUGUCUACAAAAACCUCAACCCAGAGUGGAACAAGGUCUUCACUUUUAACGUGAAGGACAUCCACUCGGUACUUGAGGUCACUGUUUACGACGAGGACCGAGACAGAAGUGCAGACUUUCUGGGGAAAGUGGCUAUUCCUUUACUAAAUAUCCAAAAUGGAGAACGCAAAGCCUACGCCUUGAAAAGCAAGGAGCUGACAGGGCCAACAAAAGGGGUCAUCUUUCUCGAAAUAGACGUGAUUUUUAAUGCUGUGAAAGCUGGUCUCAGGACGUUGAUUCCCAUUGAGCAGAAGUAUAUCGAGGAGGAGCCCAAAGUGUCCAAACAGCUGCUGUUGCACAACUUCAACAGAGUUAGACGCUGUAUCAUGUUCCUGAUCAACACAGGCUGCUACAUCAACAGCUGCUUCGAAUGGGACUCUCCACAGAGGAGCAUCUGUGCUUUUGUACUUUUUGUCAUCGUUGUGUGGAACUUUGAACUCUAUAUGAUUCCUCUGGCUUUGCUCCUGCCUUUGGCCUGGAACUACGUCCUCAUAGUGUCCGGGAAGGAUACCAGGCAAGACGUGCAAGCGGUGGAGGACCUGCUGGAAGACGACGAUGAGGAUUUUGACAAAGAUGACAAGGACUCGGAGAGAAAGGGCUUCAUGAACAAGCUUUAUGCCAUUCAGGACGUGUGCAUCAGUGUGCAGAAUGCACUGGAUGAAGUGGCCUCCUAUGGCGAGAGGAUAAAGAACACAUUUAACUGGACUGUGCCUUUCUUAAGCUGGCUGGCCAUCGUGACUUUCGGAGCAGCCACCAUCACCAUCUACUUCAUCCCUCUACGAUACAUUGUGCUCGCGUGGGGGGUGAACAAAUUCACCAAGAAGCUGCGAGACCCUUACACCAUUGAUAACAACGAGCUGCUAGACUUUCUGUCCAGAGUGCCCUCAGAUGUACAAGUGGUGCAGUACCGAGAGCUGAAACCGGAUCCCAAUCCCAGUCCAAAUAAAAGGAAGAAAAACAACCCCGGGUAGAUGACUAUGUCCGCCCACCAACUCGUCUCUUCUCCACUUUUCUUCUCGUGGUCUAUUACUGGACACUGAGGAGCAGAGGAAGACGGCUCCAGACCAUCUCGGCUCAGCCAUCCUUCCUUUUUUGUUUUUCUUUGCUAUUUUUCUUCUCUUAAACCUUUUUUUUCCCUGUCUUUAAUUGCUCAUGACGUACAGUACAGUUUCCUGAAGUGUCAUUUUUGUAUAAAAAAAAAAAAGACGAGUACAAGAAAUAUUCUUAUCACCAUUAACGCUUUUAAUUGAUUUUAAAGGCGAGUGGGAAAGAUGACCUUUUUCUCAGCCAUGUGAUCCAUCCUCCUCUUUGCUUCUCUCCAUCACUCCGACACCUCGGAGGACUCUGCCCAUCUGCUUGCCACAAGUGACAAGUGUCAGACAAUGAGUAAAACCAGUUUAAGCAUUUAUACUCACUGUCCAUAAAAAAAAAAACAUUUUCAGUGCAUCCAUGCUUAUGAAAAUACAAGCCUUAUACUAACGUCCUCUAAUAGACUUAAGUUUUAGUUUUUUUUUUAGAUCAUAUUGUAGUUAUUAAAUGAUUUUGGUAAUAUGUUCAUAUUUUCUAAUUGUUUUUGUACUGAAGUAUCUUUUGUUUUCUUCCUCUCUUGGAUGCGGUAAUGAUGUUAUGUUCACUGGCAGUAAUUUGGAUUGUUUCCACUUAACUCAGCCAGCCAAGUUGAUUAGCAAUUAUGGUAGUAGCCUCCAGAUAUGUCCUUCUACACAAACACAAACCUGGACCAGCAGGCUGAAGGCUUGUGGUGGUAUCUGUCUGUGCUUUAAUACAAUGGCCAAAUUUGCUUUUUUUUUAAAGACAUUAAUCCCAAACAAAAAAAUUAAACCACAGUGGUAUUAGUUAAAGUACAGUGAGUCUGUUCCUCUUCAAAUAGAUUGUGAUUGCAUAAUCAUCAUUAAAUAAUACCCAGAGGAUAAAGGAACAUCGUAGAGUAUUAGAGAGUUGGUGUUUUACCCCAAACCUUUAUCGUCGCUGCAUGUCCAGAUAAUUUAGCCGUAGCCUCGUUUAACCCGUUCAAAAACACGUCAAAGUCCCUGUCAGUCCGUCAGUUAGACAGCUUCUGUCUGUCAGGAGGCGCAGCAUACUGGGCCCUCUGCUGUCGUGGUGUUAAUAUAGAUGUCACCCAGUCUAUGCAGAGUGUCGUCAGGCAGGCCUUAAGGCAGCCACAGCCCUAAUCUUGUUUGAAAGGCUGGUCUCCUUUCCUCUCAUCUCCCUGUGUGUUUGCCUCAGCGGCCACACGAGAAAGCAUCCACACACACACACACACACACACACACGCAUAAGCAUGCAGACACCAACAAGACAAAACAAAAAAACCCUUAACGUGAAUGCACUGCUUCUUUAAGAGAUCUCGCGUACACAUACUGUACCUUCUUGCUCACAGAUGAAAGCAUAACAUCCCAUUUGAGCAGGCACAUUCUCUCCCUCUUAGGCACACACACUCACACAAACAUGCUCUCUGUGAUGCUGUGCCCCAGGCUGGCCGCCCUCUCCAUCUGCCCCACCUACUGUGCCCACAGCUCAACUUUGAUCCGUCUUUCCAGAGACAGAGGCUUGUGUAUGUGAACUGUGCAUGUAAGAGUGUUUGCGUAUACACGUUUAUGCAAUCAAAGACGUGUUGCUUUCUCUCGGCGUCGGUGUGUGUUACAAUUGUAUCUCCCCUCCAGCUGUAGACUGAUGCGUAGAUUCAGUCGAUGUGUGUGUCAGCAUGUACAAGCGUGUGUGUGUGUGAGAUUGUGGUGCAGCAGCAGAAGUGCCAGCUGUUAUUUGGUGUGGAGUUUGCUGGUGUAGAGGGCCGUCAGCUAGAUGAGCAGCAAGUCGCUGUGUGACAAGACAAGGCUCUGAGGGGACUUAGGCCUGAGGUGUCAGGGAUGUGUGUGUGUGUGUGUGUGUGUGUGUUUUAUGCUAUUUCAGAUCCCUCUUCCCAUCAUGCUUCUCUCCGUUUGCUCUCUCUGCGGUUCCCUCAUUCGUCAGUGAGCGGGGUUGCGACCCUGUCUGAAGGGACGGUCUCCUGGGCUUCUUGCUGAGCAUCUGUUGAAAGAUCACAGCUCAGGCUACAUUUGAGGAGGUCUCCUCUCAUCCUACUGAUCCCUGCCUCCAUCUCUUCUCCCCACCCCCCCACCCCCCACCCCCAAUAUCUCCAUCUUUUUGUUCCCUCUCCCCCGUUGGUCUGUCUGUCUCUCUGCCCGUCUUUAUCGCUCUACACCCCCUCCCCAAAAUAACUAGUGCUCUUUUCUGCCAUUUUGUCAUCCUCUCGCCCUGCCUGUCUGCUUGCCAUCGCCUGUACCUCCACCCCCUCCCCUCCCCCUCCGCUUUACCCAUCCAUCUCCAUACUUAAAUAUCAACAGGCUUGGAUCUGUCACUCCAGAGGGCCAUUGAUUUUGUUGUGUUGUUUUGAGGAAUCCACUUGAAAGACAAUAACAGACUGUCCCCUAAGAGCAGCGUCGCAGACUGAUUAUAGUCUCCUCAACAAACACACUCCGUGGCUCGUGAAGGAUGGCUUUUUUAUAAUGCCUGAAGGGACUGUUUGAAUACCUGAUAUGUACUGUAUGUGUCUACUACUGUAUGUAGUUAUUUUACAGCAAAUUGUGGUGACUAUUGUGUGGUAUUGCAUCCAAAUACCGUUUCUUUUUAUUAUUGGAUUUCGGCUCCGUUUGCAAGCAAACCAAAGUGUUUUUAUUUUGUAUGAUGUAGAGAAAUAGAUUAUAUAAAAGGAAUGUAUCAGACUGACAGCUGUAAAGGGAAAAAAAGCACUUUCAUUUGCAACAAGUUAAAAUGAGACUAUUUAUUUUUUAAAUACUGUACAUAGCUAACUACUAAUUUAUGUUUGUAUUUUAUACAGUAUGCCUGUUGACGGUCUGAUGGUUGAUGUUGUAAAGUAGCUGUAUGCCUGCCUCAUUUUAUAAAAAUCUGUCUUUUUUUUUCCGCCUGCAACGUUGCCUGCCCGUUCAUCUUCACGUGCCCAGUUCUGACCAAUGACGUAUCAGGACAGGAAUAAGGAGCUGAGACAUGGGUUUGAAAGAAAACAUGAUGUAUAUUUCCUGUUUGAGAAAUGUAAUGCAUCUGAUGUAUGUUGCUUAUUUUGAAAAACAAAGAGUAAAAAUUAAAUAUUUUUUAUCAUC